CACUCUCUCUCUCUCUCUCUCUCUCUCUCUCUCUAUCUCUCUCUCCAACCUUAAAGCCUUUCCCUUCCAAAUCCAAUAUAAAUCGAACAAGUAGUACUAUUUGCUGCUAGCAGGGUUCCCUUUUCCCCCUUUUCUUUUUCCUUCGAAAGAAUUCUCUGUGAAACGACUGUCCAAAGCUAGACAAGACUCGCAAAUUGAAUAAUGGGCUUUUGUUGAAUAGUUAUUUGAGUGACUGAGGUCAGGUAGGUAAACUGCAAAACCUUUGACGUCUCUAAAGUGCUGUUUAGGUGGCUUUGUUAGCUUAUUUCCAUUUUAUUAAUACUCCAAUGACUUGGGUUUCAUGUUAAAGCAAAAGGCUUAAAGGAAAAUUGACAUUUCUAGCUCCAAAAUCUCCUACUUAAGCCGUCAUCUUGAAGUCUUGGUUACAGAGCUUCUCUUCAAAUUCUUCAAUUAUAAUGAACUGGGUUCCUUUCAAGUGCAAGAAAAAAAUGUGCCUGUUACUUGUUUACCUCAUAAUAUGAGUUGGGUUUUGAUCUCGAAGCAAGAAAGAUAUGGUCUUUCUGAGAUUGCAUAUGGAUAACAACAGUUUUUAAUUCAAGUAAGUUGAAUGAGAAGAUUGAUGGUGCUUGAUGGUAUGCUAAUUUGAGUAAAAUGUCUCGGGUUCAAUCUCAGAUCAUGUAUAAAGGUGGUCACUUGUCACAUUAUCCUCACUCUUUGCUCUCUACUUCUUCUUCAUCUUCUCCUUCCUUGCCAUAUAACAGUGAUUACCAAAAACAAUCUUCUUCUGGUAACAAAAUAAGCCCAGCCAUUCUUUUUAUCAUAGUUAUUCUAGCUGUUAUAUUUUUCAUUUCUGGUCUUCUUCACUUACUUGUUAGGUUUCUCAUAAAGCAUAGAUCUUCCUCUUCUUCUUCAGUGUCCGAAUCCAAUAGAUACCCAGAGAUGUCAGGUUCUGAUGCUUUCCAAAGACAGUUACAACAACUUUUCCAUCUUCAUGAUUCUGGUCUAGAUCAAGCUUUUAUUGAUGCAUUGCCUGUGUUUCUUUAUAAAGAAAUUAUGGGUCUAAAAGAGCCAUUUGAUUGCGCUGUUUGUCUUUGCGAAUACUCAGAGAAAGACAAGUUGAGAUUGCUUCCGGCUUGUAGUCAUGCUUUUCAUAUUGAUUGUAUAGACACAUGGUUAUUGUCUAAUUCAACUUGUCCUCUCUGUAGAGGGACACUUUAUACACCUGGACUUUCUUUUGAAAACCCAGUUUUUGAUUUUGAAGAAUCAAGGGAAGAAGAGGGUCUUUCGAGCAAUGUAGGAAAUGGGAUCUCUGUUGGACAGAAACCAGCAGAGAAUGAGAGGAUUAAUUCCAAAAGAGUGUUUUCUGUUAGACUAGGCAAGUUUAAGAGCUCAAAUGUUGAAGUAGAUAGAGUAGUAGAGGGAGAGACCAGUAGCAGUAACUUAGAUGCAAGGAGAUGUUUCUCAAUGGGGUCUUAUCAAUAUGUCGUUGCUGAUUUGAAUUUGCAAGUGGCUCUAUGCCCUGGCAGAAAUGUUGGUACUGGUAGUUUCAAGCUUGUGAAAAGUAAAAAUGGACAAAACGGGAAUACAUCAUCAAAUGAUAUUGGGGAUGCUGAAGGGAAGAAGAUUAACAUUAGAAGUAAAGGUGAAAGCUUUUCUGUUUCAAAGAUAUGGCAAUGGUCUAGGAAGGGUAAACUCCCAAGUUCCUCAGAUACCUAUAUGGGUUCUUCUCCUCUUGCUGUAGGUUUGCCAUGGUGCGAUAGAACUCAUUGUACAUGAAGGCCUUGCGCUCCUGUUAGUUUGAUUUUUAAAAGGACAAGGGAACAUUUUGCAUAUCUUGAAGAAAUGGAAAUUGAAUUGGUUGCGUUGCAUUUUUCUGCUGGAAAAGUGAGAUGCCCUUGGGAAUCCAUUCCAGGGUUAAAGUAUAGUCAAAUCAAGAUGUUGCUUCUAGGAAGGCUUAAGAUUUUUUUUAUUUUUUAUUUUAUUUUAUUUUUAUGGAGUCUCUUUUUGGGCUAAAACAUUUUUAUUCUUUUCUCUGGGUUGCAUGAUGUGGUGGGAUCGGUGAAAAGUGGUCUGAGGGACUCUUGUGAUGAGGAGCCAUAAUUUGUUUCGUUGACAUGAUAAGUGGGGUUUGUAGUAGGGCCAUGGAGUACCCUCUCAUUAUAAAUGAUUCCAUGCUCCAUUGAAACUAAAGAAAGUAAGAAAUACCUGUUCUUUUUCACAUCAUACUAGUAUUGCUAUACAUUCUAUACCACGUUUUUGUACCAAGUAUAAACUUUUACACAGUAUUUGAAUGAAAGACAAGUGAAUGAUGGUAAAAUUUUAAUAAACCAAUCAAGAUAAUCCGCAAAAUAUUCCACUAUUGGACUAUUAAUCUAAUCUAACAACAGAAUAUUUUUUUAUGUUAUAUUUACUCUAGCGUGUACUCUGAACAACUUUUUCUCGUAUAUUUUUCCUUUUGAUCAGAACUUUACUAGUAAUUAUAUAUUGCAAUGAGAGUUACCGACCAAAAUUUGAACAAUUAUAUGAUUGGAGUUGGUAAAAUGUGGCAUGGAAAUGAGAAACCAAAUUGGGGGGUAGUAGUGGAGGACAAAGUCUAGUAAGAAGUUGGAUGUUGAUAGGGGAUGAUUAGGUGGGCCCAGUCCAAAACACCGCAACAGCCAUGUGCAGGUGCCACGGGAGUCUGAUAGCAGGUAAGCCAAAAGAUGAUAAAAAGUGAUGCAUAAGUAGUAGGUAAGUUCGAGAUUAUUAAUAAUAGAGAAUACCAACUCCGCAGCACACAUAAUAAGCCAAGAUAUCACUGGUG